CUGGCCGCUCUGCGCGAAGUUGUCCGAGGUCACCAGAGCGGCAGCGGCAGCUGAGCACCACGCACCACCAGUUGCUGCUGGCGACACGUUGCGGGGAGGCGGGCCAAGUACGCAGCUGCCAUGAGACUGUGCACAGUGCUGGCAGUUGUUCUGGUGCUGGCAGCUGGUGCAUCGCAAGCGGCCAGGAUUCUGGGCAUCAUCCCGACGCCUUCCAUCAGCCACCAAACGCCCUUCCGCCUCAUUGCGCUCGAACUUGCCAGGCGGGGACACCAAGUUACAGUCGUCACUACAGAUCCAAUAAGGGAAAAAAUAGUAAAUUAUACUGAAAUAGAUGUAUCCGUGACGUACGAUUUCUGGAGAGCGACGUAUGACUUCAAUUCACUGUCGGAUGCCGUUCCACACGAUAUGCUGCGCCUUUUACCUCACAUGGGGCAAAAGAUAUGUGAAAUCCAACUGGACUCCCCAGAGAUGAAAGAUUUUAUCCGGUCGGCGCCUAGUUUUGACGUCGUUAUUGUCGAGCGACUAAUGUACCAGUGCUACUACGGCCUCGUACACAAGGUGGGAUCACCACCACUCAUAGGCUUUGUCUCGCUUACUGCGCUCGGUCCGCUGCACGUAAUGCAAGGAAAUCCCAACAACCCCGCCUAUUGUCCUGAUAUGUCACUCCCCUACAACGACCACAUGUCGUUCUGGGAAAGAAUGUACAACGCAUACAUAAUGGGCCUCUUUCUACACUCAUGGAACUAUGUAAUUAUGCCAGAUCAAGAGCGGAUAAUGAGGAAAUAUUUUGGCCCUGACGCUCCAUCUGUGUACGAAAUGGAACGAAACUGCAGCCUCCUUCUUAUAAAUAAUCAUUACAGCAUGAAUUACCCACGGCCGCUGCUUCCCAACAUGGUAGAGCUGACAGGACUACAUCUUGAGAAACAGCGACGGCCUCUGCCCAAGGAUAUCCAGAAGUUUCUCGACGAAGCGGAGGACGGCGUGAUAUACUUCAGCCUGGGCAGCAACGUAAGAGGGAGCGCGAUACCGGAGGAGAAGCGACUGGCGUUCCUGGAGGCUUUCGCACAGCUGCCGCAGCGCGUCCUCUGGAAGUGGGAGGCGGGCAGCAUGCCCGGUCAGCCGGACAACGUCAUGACGGCCAAGUGGUGGCCCCAACAGGACGUCCUGGCACAUAAGAAUAUGCGGCUGUUCAUCACGCAAGGCGGACUGCAGAGCGUGAACGAAGCAGGCUACUUUGGUGUGCCGAUGAUCGCAAUUCCGUUCAUGGGAGACCAGAAGCACAAUGUGGCCAAGAUUGUGCAAGCUGGCAUAGGAUACCGCCUGAUGUUCAAGGAUGUCACCGUAGAAUCGGUACUGAAGGCCGUGCGCACCGUUCUUGGCGACAAAAGACUUGAACGGUCUCCAUUGUGGGGAAGAAUAUCUCGAAACCAUGACCAGACGUGGUCUGCUACGAACUGCUGUUCCAUACCAUGCCGUCUACAGGAUUAUCGGCCUCACCCCCUUUACAGUGGACGCUACAGAUUGCUGUCUGCGGCGAUCACCUUGCACUGUAGCGUACGCCGCAAUCAUUCUUGUCCUGUGUUUGGCUGCAUCAGUAAAUGUGGUACACUACUUGACCGUCGGUCAAGAGCACAUUUCUGCCCUUAGGUUCUUGUGGCUAACAGGGACAGCGAUAGCAGCUUGUCUGAUGGCCGUUGUACCUGUAGCUACAGAUCUCUUCUUUAAUACCAGCAGAUACCAGAGAAUACUCAGCCUGUUGUCUUAUCGAGACACUGAAAUUUUGGAAUUAAAGCACU